AUGGCAUAUAUAAAGGAUUUUGGUUCCAAUAAAUUUGGUUUUGAUUAUGUGUAUACAGUUCUUGUUUAUUUAUAUGGGAAGUACAAAAAGACGGAACAGAGUAGGGAAAGAUUUGAUGACAUUACUGUAAAUGGGAAAAAGAGUGUGCUUUCAUGGAAUGCUAUGACUGGGGCAUAUGUUCAAAAUGGUCGUGCUUCAGAGGCUAUAAGCCUUUUUAAAUUGAUGAUGCAGAAUUGUAUUUGUCGAUCCAAUCAUGUAACAAUGGUUAGUGUGCUUUCAGCAUGCGCCACAGUUGGUGAUUUAGACAUCGACACAAGGGUGCACGAGUACAUGAGAACUAGAGGGCACAAAGGUGUGAUAUCUUCAAAUGUAAAUCUUGCCACUGCUUUGAUAGAUAUGUACUGCAAAUGCGGGAGUUUGGACAGGGCAAGAGGGGUUUUUGAUCAAAUGAUUGAGAAGGAUGUUGUUUCGUUGAAUGCCAUGGUAAUGGGUCUUGCACUAAAUGGUGAAGGAGAUGAGGGUUUGAUGCUUUUCUACAAAAUGAAAGAGUAUGGUGUGAUUCCCAGCUCUGGAACUUUUCUCAGUGUUUUGUGUGCUUGUAGUCACUCGGGAUUGUUGGAAAAAGGGCGUGAAAUUUUCAAGGUGAUGAGGCAACGUUAUUCUGUUACCACUAGAUUGGAGCAUUAUGCUAGCUACAUCGAUCUCCUUUCACGAGUAGGUUGUAUUGAGGAAGCACUUGGGGUUGUCAACUCGAUGCCAUUUGAGCCCAAUAAUUUUAUUUGGGGCUCUCUACUUGCUGGCUGCAUGCUCCACAACAGAUCAGAAUUGACACAAAGCAUUUCUAACAUGCUUGUUAAGGUUGAUCCUGGGAAUAUGAGGCAUGCAAUUGAGCUUUUCUUCGUCUCCAUAUCUACACUAGGGUUUCUCCUCUCUUGCAAGCGUUGUUCAGCUCCACGAGCAGCUGCCGCCUCCUCCUCUUCCUCCUCCAAGACAGCCGCCGUCAUGGGUCGUAUGCACAGCCGAGGUAAGGGUAUUUCCGCAUCUGCACUUCCAUACAAGAGGACUCCACCUAGCUGGCUCAAGAUAUCUUCACAGGAUGUGGAAGAUAACAUCUGUAAGUUUGCGAAGAAGGGGUUAACACCUUCCCAAAUUGGUGUCAUCCUUCGUGAUUCCCACGGAAUUGCGCAGGUGAAGAGUGUCACUGGCAGUAAGAUUUUGAGGAUACUCAAGGGCCACGGACUUGCUCCUGAGAUACCUGAGGAUUUGUACCACCUUAUUAAGAAAGCUGUUGCAAUUCGUAAGCAUCUUGAGAGGAACAGAAAGGACAAAGAUUCCAAGUUCAGGUUGAUUCUUGUUGAGAGUAGAAUUCACAGGCUUGCUCGCUACUACAAAAAGACAAAGAAGCUUCCACCUGUCUGGAAAUAUGAAUCUACCACUGCCAGCACACUCGUUGCCUGA